GAGAGAGAGAGAGAGAGAGAGAGAGAGAGAGAGAGAGAGAGAGAGAUGUACAAUAUUCUGCCAAUACAGAUUUAUCUAUUCUGCUCUAAUUCACCGGCAACAUAAUACCCCGGGUCGAUACAAACGUCCUCUCUCUCUCUCUCUCUCUCUCUCUCUCUCUCUCUCUCUCUCUCUCUCUCUCUCUCUCUCUCUAUCCACCACAUACACAUACACGCGCCGGCCGCAGCCGUCAGCUGCUUGUAUGCUUCCCUCCUCGCACCAGCGGGUGGCCGCCUGGCUGCUCGCGCUACCGUUAGGGAGAGGUGGAGAGGAAUGCGCGCGCCGCGGCCGCCUGGAGAUGAUCUCGUUUUGGUUGCUGUGCUGGAAGCUGUUGAGAGCAUCAGCUGGACUAAGGAGACCAGCUGAGCUAACAGACAGUAACCCCGACAGCGGUAGCUCCAGCGACAAUAACCCUGUCAACAAUUCUCACACUCCUAUUCAGUCAACAAAUACAGUUACCAUGGAAAUCAGCUCAUCGCCACCAAUAACAGACAUGGAGAGAGAAAACUUGGUUAGCUGGCGCAGCCAGGAAGUCGAAGAGCUCCAUUACCCAGAGGUCCAUGGGGUGCAGCAGCCAAACGGGGAUGAGCAGGAGGAAGAAAAGCCUGCAGGGAAAGAAAAUGGAGAAAGAGAUGGAGAUGGAGAUGAGUGUGAUUAUAUUGUUUUUGAGAUAGGAGCGCAGAAGGGAGGGGACAAAGGAGGUGACGGUGAAGAUGAUGGAGGACAAGACACAGAGAGAGGAGACGAGGAGGGAGAAGAAGUAGGAAGAAGAGACACAGAAGGAAAGGAAGAAGGGAGAGAAAAAACAGAGAGAGAAGAUGGAGGAAGAGGAGACACAGAAGAAGAGGACAGGUGGAUAGGAGAGAAAGUGGGAGAGAUAAAGGACGAUGCUCUGUCGGAGCUCCUCUUCUUUAGUCCUUCAUCACCAGAGCCCCUAACUGUCACCUCAGAUCCUUUAGAGGCCUGGGGUCACGACCUCAGCAACAGAGAUGACCUAAGCGACAGUCACCUUAGCGACUGCCUCCAAGCUGAGCUGGCUGUUGUGUACUCGGAUAGCGACGCAGGAGAGGACCAAUGGGCUAUCUUCACACCCUGUGAUGUCACUAACCAAGAAGAAGCAGGUGGAGGGAUUCAUGAUAGCAUCUGUGAUGGAGAGAGCAAGGAAGAGGAGAGAGGGUAUGAGGCAGAAGUAGAGACUGGAACAGAGGAGCAGAGAGAGGAGGAAGAGGAGAAGAGGAGGGGAGGCAGGGGUGAUGAUGAUGAGGAGCAGAUGAGGUCAGGGAGAGAUCUUUUCCUGCGUACUCCUUCUGUCAGCUCCUCAGCCAGUUCCACAGACCCUGACAGGAAGGUUCCUGUAGACUUCUGUGUCCAACAGCAGAGCCACAGUGAAAAUGUCUCCAAUGAGCAUGUGGACUUUCUGUUGGCCCGCCAGCAGUGGAGGAAGAUGGAGGAUGAGGUGAAAGGUCAGCCAAUCCCCAAACCAGGGCUCAGAGCUCAGGGGAGCUUCCAGGGCACCCACACUUCACUGUAUCCCCCCACUCGCAGCCCCCGACUCAAACACAGGGAGAUCCAUCCACCACCAGUGCCCCGGGAGCCCCCCCUGGCCUACACCCUGUCCCCCAGUUCAGAGGACUCAGGCCUGGAUGACUUGUCAUACCGCAGCCCGCUGGAGGAGCCAGAGAGUGCGGUGGAGAGAGAGAUCCGACUGACUCUGGAGAGAGAGGAACGGCACCGCAGGGAGAGGGGUGUGAUUACACAGGGCCUCACUAUACCCAGACCCUCCACCCUGCAGACAGGACGAUCUCCACCCAGACCUCCAGCCUGCCGCACCCCUACCUUGUCCAUCUCCCCAUCCCCUUCCUGCUCCUCUUCCCUUCCCCGAUCUGUCUACCAUGAAAUGACAGCCAAUAAUGUCAUUAUCUUGGAGCCUGACUGCUCCAACUCCGCCUCCAGGAACCGCCUACUCUCCUCUGCAAUCGGGGGCCUCUCCGAUUGGCCGACAAGCCACGAUGCCAUGCCAUGUGCCACCGUCAUCGUUGUGGAAACCUCCAAUCUCAUCAUUCGCAGCGCUUCUGAAUUCUGUCUAAGCUCCGCCCCUGUGUCCAUGGAAAUGCAGGAGAGCACUUUCUCAUCCAAUCCGUUCUUUAAGCUACGCUCCCUCAGCAGCCAGUCGCUGGUGGAGCAAGAGAUCCGCAUGGUGAGGCAGCGGGAGGAGGAGUGGAGGAGGCAGAGGGAGGAGAUGUGGAGGAGGAGGAAGGAGGAGGACUGGAAGAGAGGGAGGGAGAGGUACGAUACUGUGCUGGUGUCUCCAGGCCUCAACGAUAAUAUAAGUUUCAACGUGCCAGAGGUUCCAGACAGAUGUGUCUCCUCCCCUUCCUCCCCCUCCAGGAACCGCAAAAUGGAACGCUCCAGUAUGUCUUGUGACCAGAAGUUCCCCUCUUCCCUCUCUUCGGUGCCAAGACGACAGAACGCCAUGGCGCAGCGAUGGGAGGCCUCCCUAUCAGCCAAUCAGAAGGAGUGAGCGAUGACUCAACUGUCAGCCAUUUAAAAGCCAAAAUGAAAUGUUACGCCUUGUUCCUUCUGUUCAGAACUCGUUAAUGUUUCCAUAAUGCUUUAAAGUCAAACUGUCUGCUGCAUGAUGUCUGAAACAGAAUGUCACAAUGGAAGUGCCAGCCAUGUCACACUUUAGAUAUUGUUUGUAUUAUACCUUGUGUGGACUUCUAAGGCACAUUCCCAGGAGGUGUAUCCUAAUAAUAACUGAGUAAAAUUGCAAUCAUAAUGAUACCACUGUUUUUUACAUGUGACCUAGAUUUUAUGUAAACUUCUAAAGCACAUGUCAGAAUCUGGGGUAUUCUCCUUUAAUAUUUACAGCACUUUGAUUUCUAGAUGUUUAUGAAUUAUGGUACUACAAGUGUGGAUAUUUAUUGAUUUUAUGACUGACUGACUGUAUUGCAGAGAUUUUCAAACUUUUUCUGGGCAGUCACAUUUAGACAUUAAAAUGAGUAACAGCAUAUACAGCUUUUAUUAGAAAAUAUUGUAGCUUUGCAGAGAUUUGACAAGGUACAACAUUAUUUAGCAUGUUGUAUUCUUUAAAAAAUGACAAUUCAUGUAUUUUUAGUUGCCAAGCCAGAAUUUAAAAAUCACUGCCUGUGUGAAAUGUUAUAAUGAGCCAUCGAUCAAAAGACUUUGGAUAUUGCGGGUUUCCAUGUCAGCCAUGUUGGCUGCUAACUGAAUACUAUUUGGGUCAUAUUUUCACUGACUAGUUUUUGCCUGUUCUUUGGAAGAGGUCGGUUGUUACCCAGUGUUCCGGAGGGGGGCAGUUUUGUGGAAAGAGCAAACACACUCUUUUCAGACAUAUUGUAAUUUCAAGCCAUGCUAAUGUUCUUUACUCGCCGUACGCCACAGGGCUUUUCUGAUGAAAGCUUUUGAUGUUCUACAUAAAACCAACAGUGGUAAGGCCUACAAGUUAACCUGAGCCGUGUUAAAACAAUUAAACCUUUAUCAGAUAGCUACCUAAUGUAAGAUUAGAUUGGCUCCGCCCUGUUUGCCCUUUGGCUUCUGAAGAAACAUGUGAAUACAGGCUCUGAUAUAUCAAAACUACACAGUCAUUACCUGAGACAGGAAGGCUACAAAUACACAGCUGGUAGGGCUGUACCGAAUGUCUUUCUCUUUUACAUUUGAAGCUUCUGUUGAGGUUAGCUAAUGAAGCUUUCCCUAAAUCCUCAAUUUGAAUGAAAUUAUUUGUUGGAUUAAAUUAGUCUGUCUUUUUAAUUUUUUUAUUAAAGAAACUCAUCAGUUUUGUCAACAUAAAUACAUGUAGGUGCGGACUAAGUUUCAGUAAAUUAUGAAUCAUUUAAGCGCUGCUUUGAUACUCCCCGCACGAACCUGUGAUAUGUUCUAGUAAGCUUAUACAAACCCACGCAUCACUUCUACUGGAAUCUAAUUCUACAGAUAGUAUAAUACUAUUAAUAUUCGUGUAGCCUAAUCUUUAUUUCCACCUGUGCAGAAAUACCAGUUUUAAACACAAUGAACAGACAUACAGAAGAAAAAAAAGCUGAGCAGGAUUUCGAUGUUGAUUUAGAAUUUGAAUGUCAACGUGAAUGAAGCUUCUAACUAUUCGGUACAGCCCUAAGAGCAAUACAAAAAGAAAACUUCCAAUAUGGAUUCCUGACACCUGACACACAGGCAUUCUCCACACAGUCGGCGCAUACAUGCUAGCUAGCUUACAGCUAAUGUCUGUUCAGUUGUUACAUUAGCUGUUGGGUCAAAUAGGCUGUAAAAAAAAUACUCAGCUGUCAAAGGUAUGUGAAUGUUCACAUUUAGUCUGAACACAUUUAAAGUGAGCUGUCAUUAGCACAUAUUUGCAGCCAACAUGCUUUAGCUUUUAGCAUGGAAGUCCCGUCCUGACUCUACAACCUGCCACUCUGUCUGUCUGUGGCUCUGCUGGUUUAGCUCAGUAACUCAAGCACUUCUCAAAGACUCAUAAUCUAAUCUAGUCUAGUGAAAAGUUUUACAUAUUUUUAUGUCCUGUCUUGAUUUCUAAAAAGAGAUUUCUUGUACUGUAUUUUUCUGCAUAUAUUUAUGAAUUGAGCAAUGCUUAUAAAUCCUUAAAGCUUUUAUUUGUGAAAGGUUUAUAAUAUAUUGUGUCAGAAUGUUUGAAUUGUAAGUCUGCUAUGUUUUUUAGAGAUGACUUGUGUGUGGUGUGUGCAUGUGUGUGUUUUAUAGUUCUCAUUACAUCCGCUAGUUGGAGCUUCCUUUAGUUUGGCUUCUCCAGCCCCAGGACCAGCCGACUCACUGUUUCCCCACUUGACUCAGCCGUAUAAAGGUGUAUUUAAGUCAACUCAGAAAUGACAGAUUUUAACUUCCAGGUUGGAAAUAAAAUAAGGUAAUACUAUUUUGAUUGUGCGAUAAGCUUUGAUCUGUUACAGUAUCAUUUGUUUUUGCACAGAAUCAAACCACAUUGGUCACAAAUGAACUACAUUUGAGCUGUGAGCCACUGUGCAACCUGAAGCUGUAUAUAUUUUCUAAACUCAAUUUUGAGAGGCUAGGUUUAAAUUUCCUCAAAUCUAUCUUAGUAGCAUAUUACAUUUCAUUUGAGUUGAUGGUCGCUAUUUUCCUCCUUUUUAUUGGCUGUAAAAUUAAUUAAGUGAAUUCGGCAAAAAAUACUCCACAUUCUGUGAAAAAAUGUUUUCCCAAGUUUAGAUGAAGUUAAUAAGGCAAGUGUGUGUAAGUACCAUUAAUUUCUGUUUUCCCUUACAUUUUUUACUGUGUGUGUAUAUAUAUAUAUAUAUAUAUAUAUAUAUAUAUAUAUAUAUAUAUAUAUAUAUAUAUAUAUAUAUAUAUAUGUAUAUAUUACCUGAACCUAGUCUAUACAAGUCUGAAUGUCCUUGUGAGAAGUACAAGCAGGUUGUUAAAUAUAAUUUUGCGCGAUGAAGAAAACACUCAAAUUGCAGAAGCCUAUUUUUUUCUUUAUAUUGUCUUAGCUGCAUUUUUGCACAGAAUUAAGCUGAGAAUGUUUUUUAUAGCAGUCACACUAGGAAGAGAUCGCUUCAGGACCAGCACGGAGAGGAGGAACAGUAACUGUUUCAUCAACCUUUAGCAUGUGACAUGUGUUAAGGUAGACUUGAAUAAAUCUGAACAUAUCCUUUAACACAAAUCUAGGAGCGGAUGUUGUUUGAGAUUCUGAGAUGUGUUGAAUGCGCAAUAAUAACUGCCAUGUGUAAAGUUGUGCAUGUCAUGAUGUUUCUGUGUAGAUGAUAUACUGUAUGAUACUACAACUAUCUAAAAUACUUCAUUACUCCACAACACUACUCUAGUUUUUAGAAGAAAGUGCAUUUAGUUCUUGUGAGGUGUGGCGAUGUUCAUGCUGCUUCUCAUAUGCUACCUGCUAAUCUUCUGUAUGGACUCAUAUAAACUGCUGUCCUGAACAUUAAUGCUUUUCCUCACUAGCCUCACAUUUAUCAAUUAUUCUGGUUCUGUUUAUUUGCCUUGAGUUUCAGUCAUUUAUUAUUGCCAAAUUAAAGGUCUGGUGAUGACAUCGUCAAUAAAGCGUGUGACUCCUGAAACCUA